UGUGUUUUUCCUUGAGGAAAUUCCCCAAAGUAAAUCAGCUGUUUGCAUAAAAAACAGCCCAGACGGCCAUUUUUCCCCUCAAACCAGUCGCAGCGCCACCUUGCGGAAUUCCUUUCUACAAUUUUCUUUUGGGAAAACGUGUUGUGUUUUUGCCAAAAUGGUUAAAGUUAAGUGCUCAGAAUUGCGGACAAAGGACAAAAAGGACCUCCUGAAGCAGCUCGAUGAGCUGAAGACGGAGCUCCUCAAUCUGCGAGUGGCGAAAGUGACGGGUGGAGCCCCAAGCAAACUCUCCAAAAUCCGCGUCGUCCGGAAGGCUAUUGCCAGGGUGCACAUUGUGAUGCACCAGAAGACAAAGGAGAACCUCAGGAAGGUGUACAAGGGCAAAAAGUUCAAGCCACUGGAUCUGAGACCGAAGAAAACCCGCGCAAUCCGUCGGGCUCUGAGUGAACGCGAUGCCAACCGGAAGACCAUGAAGGAGAUCCGGAAGAAUGCGAAAUACCCACAGCGCAAGUAUGCCCUGAAGGCUUAAAGUUCUGUGGAUGAUGUAUCUGAAU